CUGAAAAGUAAAAACAGGUAUUCCAGCGCCGUCAUUUCGUCAAAUAAUCAUCGGAUUCUCAGCCCCGCACUCUGUAGAGAGAGAGAAACGAAAAUCAGAGAAAGAUUUUUCUAGAGAGAGAAACUGUAUGUAUUGGUAGAGAGAGAAAGCAUCUUGCAAUACUCCAAUAUUCUCUCUCCUUCCUUUUUUUCGAAUUCCAGGGGCUUAAUUGUAAUUUCAGGCAUUUGAAUCGGAGGAUCUGAUACUAGGAUUUAGAGUUUCGGAUUUAGGGUUUCAGAUAUGGACGUAGAUUCUUCGAUGCCGUCGGAACCCGAUCAGGAUCCGAAUAACAGCGGUCCGACAUUGGAGCAGCCUAAGGACACGUCACCGGCCGGUGAAUCUCCGGUUACUACUGCUCCGGUUGCUGGGCCGAGGUGUGCUCCGACGUACACGGUAGUGCAGGCUGUUAUGGAGAAGAAGGAAGACGGUCCCGGACCGAGGUGUGGGCACACGCUAACGGCGGUUCCGGCAGUUGGAGAGGAGGGUAGUUCGAAUUAUAUUGGUCCUAGGCUUAUUCUAUUUGGCGGUGCUACUGCGCUUGAGGGGAAUUCUGCUGCUUCAGCACCAGCUCCUUCUUCUCCUGGAAGUGCUGGAAUUCGCUUAGCAGGGGCUACUGCUGAUGUGCACUGUUAUGAUGUUUUGACAAAUAAAUGGUCUAGGCUCACUCCAAUUGGAGAGCCCCCGACGCCGAGGGCUGCUCAUGUUGCUACAGCAGUAGGAACUAUGGUUGUCAUUCAGGGUGGGAUUGGUCCAGCCGGUUUGUCAGCUGAGGAUCUUCACGUUCUGGACCUUACACAACAACAACGACCACGAUGGCACAGGGUUGUGGUCCAAGGACCUGGUCCAGGACCUCGUUAUGGACAUGUCAUGGCUUUGGUAGGGCAAAGAUAUCUCAUGGCAAUCGGUGGAAAUGACGGAAAACGGCCUCUAGCAGAUGUUUGGGCUUUGGACACUGCUGCAAAGCCAUAUGAAUGGCGAAAAUUGGAACCAGAGGGUGAAGGUCCUCCUCCUUGCAUGUAUGCAACUGCAAGUGCACGCUCUGAUGGUCUUCUUCUGCUUUGUGGAGGGAGGGAUGCCAAUAGUGUGCCACUAGCAAGUGCAUAUGGACUGGCCAAACAUAGAGAUGGGCGUUGGGAAUGGGCCAUUGCUCCUGGUGUGUCACCAUCUCCUAGAUAUCAGCAUGCGGCAGUUUUUGUUAAUGCUCGGCUCCAUGUUUCUGGAGGUGCUCUUGGUGGUGGACGCAUGGUGGAGGACUCUUCCAGUAUAGCUGUUCUUGAUACUGCUGCAGGAGUGUGGUGUGACACAAAAUCUGUUGUCACCAGUCCUAGAACAGGCAGAUACAGUGCAGAUGCAGCGGGGGGAGAUGCCGCAGUUGAAUUGACCAGGCGGUGUAGGCAUGCGGCUGCCGCUGUUGGUGACUUGGUAUUUAUCUAUGGUGGUUUGCGUGGCGGGGUACUGCUAGAUGACUUGCUUGUCGCUGAAGACUUGGCUGCUGCUGAAACAACAAGUGCAGCUUCACACGCAGCCGCUGCAGCUGCAGCAUCUAAUAUGCAAGAAGGAAGGAUAACCGGAAGGUACGGAUAUGGUGAUGAAAGAACAAGGGAAACUGUUCCAGAGGCAGUUAAUGAUGGUUCAGUUGUAUUGGGAAAUCCUGUUGCACCCCCUGUAAAUGGUGAUAUGUUUACUGAUAUAAGCACUGAAAAUGCUGUGCUUCAAGGAUCUCGGAAACUCGGCAAAGGUGUUGAAUACCUCGUGGAGGCCUCUGCAGCAGAAGCAGAGGCCAUUACUGCUGCACUAGCGGCUGCCAAAGCUCGACAACAAGGUAAUGGGGAAGUCGAACUUCCAGAUAGGGAUCGCGGAGCGGAGGCAACACCAAGUGGUGAACAGGCAUCUACCUUGAUCAAACCUGAUUCAAAUAAUUCGACGCCCACUGGAGUUAGGCUGCAUCACCGUGCUGUGGUUGUAGCUGCAGAGACUGGGGGUGCCCUAGGUGGUAUGGUGCGACAACUUUCAAUUGAUCAAUUUGAAAAUGAAGGCAGGCGAGUAAGUUAUGGAACUCCAGAAAAUGCAACAGCAGCAAGAAAACUCUUGGAUAGACAAAUGUCUGUCAACAGCGUUCCCAAAAAGGUGAUUGCCCAUCUUUUGAAACCUCGAGGUUGGAAGCCGCCUGUCAGACGGCAAUUUUUCUUGGAUUGCAAUGAGAUAGCUGAUCUCUGUGAUAGUGCAGAAAGAAUAUUUUCCAGUGAACCUAGUGUUUUACAGCUAAGGGCUCCUAUUAAGAUAUUUGGUGACUUGCACGGGCAAUUUGGGGAUCUCAUGCGCCUUUUUGAUGAGUAUGGUUCCCCAUCAACUGCUGGGGACAUAGCGUACAUCGAUUAUCUCUUCUUAGGAGAUUAUGUUGAUAGGGGCCAGCACAGUUUGGAGACCAUGACUCUUCUCCUUGCUUUAAAGGUGGAGUAUCCCCACAACGUUCAUUUAAUUCGAGGGAACCAUGAAGCGGCAGAUAUUAAUGCUCUUUUUGGCUUCCGAAUUGAGUGCAUUGAACGCAUGGGUGAGAGAGAUGGAAUCUGGGCUUGGCAUCGGAUCAAUAGGUUGUUCAAUUGGCUUCCUCUGGCAGCACUAAUUGAGAAAAAAAUAAUCUGUAUGCACGGUGGUAUUGGAAGGUCAAUUAAUCAUGUAGAACAGAUAGAGAAUAUACAGCGUCCUAUCACCAUGGAAGCAGGGUCAAUUAUUUUGAUGGAUUUGUUAUGGUCUGACCCAACAGAAAAUGAUAGCGUUGAAGGAUUAAGACCAAAUGCAAGAGGUCCUGGAUUGGUUACUUUUGGGCCUGAUCGUGUGAUGGAAUUUUGCAACAACAAUGAUCUUCAACUAAUAGUGCGAGCACACGAGUGCGUGAUGGAUGGCUUUGAACGAUUUGCUCAGGGUCAUUUAAUUACUCUUUUUUCAGCCACCAAUUACUGUGGUACUGCUAAUAAUGCUGGUGCAAUCUUGGUAUUGGGUAGAGAUCUUGUUGUGGUUCCAAAACUUAUUCACCCACUGCCACCAGCAUCACCUGAAAAUUCACCUGAGCGUAUGGAAGACACUUGGAUGCAGGAACUAAAUGCUAACAGACCACCUACGCCAACUAGAGGUCGUCCUCAAACUGCCAAUGAUCGAGGUUCUCUUGCUUGGAUUUAGAUAGUAGUGAAGAUUGAUCCCUACACUUCAGGUUCAUGCUAACGUCGGGAAAUUCCAGUUACAUGUACAUAGCAUGAUGCCAUUUCGAAAAUGGCAGAGUUAUAGAUAUCUUCUUGAAGAGAUGAGGCAUCGCUGCCCUAGGGGUCUUCGACAGAAUUGACAGGCCUCAGACACAGCAAUAUUGGAUAUCACGGAUUAGGUGCACCUGUUAAUCUUGCUGGAAGCAGUAUAGAAUUGCCCGUUGUAAAUUGAGCCACAGGCAGGUAGAAGGAAUUAAAGUCUUCCCCCGUUAUCAAGGGUCUGUAGUGCUGGAUUUUGUUUUAUUUAUUUUACUUUUCCAUUGGUAGUGAUAUAUAUGUUUUUCCUCGUUUAGGUGUAUUAUUUUUGUCUAUGGUAAAAGAGGCGUUGAGGUCCCCUAUAAUAUUAUUGGUGAGAUAUAUAAUCCUGAAAUCUUAGUGGGCGUUCUUGUAUCAUAGAGAGUGUGAGUUUGUGUAAUUUGUGAUGAUACCUUGUACAAUGUAAGUAUUUUUGAAGAAGAGAAGCUUUCUAUCACUAGACAAUGAGAAAGAGGAGGAAUAGCUGACUCUUUUAUUUUUCUA